UCAGCGUCGUUCUACUCUUUGUUGUUGGUGCUGAUGAUGAUGACAUGAAAAUAUUGUUGUUGCUACUGCAGGCUGCGGAGACUCAGUGGUGGGAGGCAGGCGCUGGCUGGCAGGGAGGACUGGGUCUGAGGGUUCAGAGUGGAGAUUUACAUUUUUUAUUUUGUUUUCAUCGUAACGCAGCUGCGUGUUGCGGGGAAAGUGGCCAUGUCGGUAAAUAUGGACGAACUCAGGCAUCAAGUAAUGAUCAACCAGUUUGUUUUGACGGCUGGCUGCGCCGCGGAUCAGGCGAAGCAGCUUCUACAAGCGGCCCACUGGCAGUUUGAGACAGCCUUAAGCUCCUUUUUCCAGGAGGCCAACAUUCCCAGUCACCACCACCAGAUGAUGUGUACCCCCAGAAACACUCCUGCCACACCGCCCAACUUCCCAGAUGCCAUCACCAUGUUCUCCAAGCUGCGGGCAUCUGAGUGUGGCUCCAGCUCCGGCAGCGGCCCCUCCCAGGUGUCCAUGGCCUGCUCCCCCCCAGCCCCCUCCUCCACAUCAGGUUUUACCUCCUUCUGGGCCUCCUCUCCACCCAGCCACCAGCCAGCUUGGCUGCCCCCAUCAUCCCCCACCAACCACCACAUGCACCACCAUUUUCAUCACCACCACCAUGUGCAACAGACUCCCAUGUGGCCUCCCGUCUCUCAACCCAGCAGCUCCCAGCAGCCCCCCGUCGUGUCAGCGCUCCACGGCCAGAGAUGAGAUUGUGUGUGUGGUGGGCUGCAGGGGGACAGGGAGGGAGGCCGGGUCACGUGUAGUCAAGGGAAUCAGUUUUGGGAGUGGGUGUGUGUGGGAGGGCUGGGGUGGUCAGGUAUGGGAUAAGAGGAAGAGCCCAUAUGGAAAAAGACAAAACACUGCUGUUUUCUUGUCUUGUUUUUCUGAAGUGAAGACGAGCAGUUCGUCUCUGCAGGAGACGGUCUCCUCUCUGUCUUCAUCACGUCAUCGUCCAAGCCAAGGAAGAACCUGGAGGCUGCUGACAACACUGAGAAACUCAAAGCUGGAUCUCUGAACCUAAAAACCUUUCUGGGAAAAAUACAGAAACCUUUUUCAGCAUUGAUGCAACUAAUCCCAAGACCCACCAGAGCACUUCCAGAGAUUAGGAGCCAUGUGAUCCGUUGAAGUGCUUUGAGGUUUUGAUUGUUUCUUGGUUGUUUUUUUUUGUUUUUUGUUUUUUAAAGAAACUGUUCUUUCAUGAGGUUCAGAAAUAAUCAGUCAGGAAAUCGACAGCAACCAGCAGAUAAACAAAGGACCUGGAGCUUAGAUCAUAAAGGUUGUGGAUGCAAUGCUGUCGGAAAAGGCUUCGACAUGUAUGUGUGUGAGGGACUUGUACAGUGCGAGUAGGGCCGUAGUGCCGCCCUGAGGUUUUCUCAAUUUACAGCCAUAAAAGUGCUCCACACAGUGAAACUCAGCUCUGGCUUGAGCACAUGAUCUGGUAUGUGAGAGGCAGGGCUCCAUGUGCAGACACUAAUAUUAUGUUGGAAAGAGUCUGUGCCUCUCACCUACUGACAUCACAUUUGGAUUACAGACCUAAGCAUCCAGCUUUCUGAUGCAAUAACUUCCUGGUCAUCUGGCAGAAUAUUUUCUGAUCCGGAUAUUUGGAAAAGUAUGAUGGUUUGGGGAAUACCUUCAGAACAGCUGGAAGUUUUGUCAAAUGCCCUUCUGGGUGUUUGAGACAUCAGCAGGUGUUUCUUUACAGGAGAAACAGUUCCUUAGCUCUGUGAUUUAAAUGUAGCAGUAAUACAUGUGAUGCAUAAACUGAGGUUAGGCUGGAAAAUGUGUCUGAAAAGCAGAGAUGGUGAACGAGGGAAAGAUGGGUUGGUAGAACGGCGAACGCUUGCAAUAAUUUUAUUUAAAGAUGGUGAGCUGCCACGUUUAUAAUGUAGUCUUUGUUUGGAAUUCUUUCACCGAGACUGUCAAAGAAGAGCCUUGUAGCGAUGCCACCUCGGCUUGUCACUGACGAUUUAGGUGCACGUCCAACAGGAGUGUAGUUUUUAUUGUUUUACCUGAUUGCUGGAUUGGUGACUCCACCCAGGAACCUCGUGAAUCAUUUUCUGUUUAUUUCAAUAAUCAGAGGCAGUAAAACCUCAGCCUGAAGAUUUCAGUUAUGCUGACGACACAGAAAUGAACUCACCAAAAAACAAAACGCACAUUAUAAUCUGUUUUGAGAAUAUUUUGAUGCAGGUGAGCGACGAGCUGCCAGUACCUAAGCCACCUUUCUGCUUGUCUGUGGACAGUUUAGAGGCCGACUGAGUGAUUUUCCACACAGCCGUUCAGACGCUCAACCACUCCUACCUCUGUCUGUCUGAACGGGAGAGGCCGCACAUGUGCUCUGAAUGUAUUCUCUGCCGCAGACACAGGAUCAGAGGGUGUAAACAAGUAGAAACUGAACUUAAGGCUGUGUGACGAGGGGCGGUUCACACCCAAGCUGGAUGGACAGUGACGUCUGUUAUUGUAGACCUGAUACGAAUCGAGUCCUAAAUGAUUGUUCAAACCCAGAAAAACCUCGACGAGCCUUUUUGUGAAUUCAUUUAUGUCACAACAUUCAAAAAUCACUAGUAGAUUAGUCUCACCUGUUAAUUAU